AAAGGAUGAAAGAUAUAAUUCUUAUUAAAGGACGAAAAUAAUAAUUUUGGACAGAUUUGGGUUUUAUAUCUGAAAGACUCAAAAACCUAUCGUCAUUUAUCUUCAACAGGCGGAAUAACGGAGAUGGCCGCCAUUACAGCUCUCACUCUCCGCUCUCCUGUUUAUCUCCCAUCAUCUGCCACAAGCCCUAGAUUCCAUGGCUUCACCAAUCAACCACCACCAGCUCGUCUCUUCUUUCCUCUUAACCCCUUCCCUUCUCUAUCAAUCCAAAACCCUAAAUCCAUCCGAAUUUCCGCAUCCGCUUCGCCGAUAACAACACCAAUCCUCCAGACGGAGAAGUCAACAGCUCGGUCAUCGACACUCACCGGGUCCACUCGGUCUCUCGCUACUCUCGCGGCUUUAGCAAUCGCUGUAACCAGAGUCCUAGCUCAGAAACUCUCUCUCGCAAUCCAGACUUCAAGUCCCGUAAUCGCCGACGGGUUACGAUUCUCUCUCAGUACCGCCGGACCUGUCUUCUUCGCGUCUCUCCGGGAUCGUCCUCCGGGAUACUUGAACACGCCGCUGACGGUUGUUGCGGUGGGGAUAAAGAAGUGGCUAGACAUUUACAGUGGGGUAUUGAUGGUUAGGGUUUUGCUGAGUUGGUUCCCUAAUAUCCCUUGGGAAAGACAGCCUUUGUCUGCCAUUAGAGAUCUCUGUGAUCCUUACUUGAAUCUCUUCAGAAACAUCAUUCCUCCUAUCUUCGAUACGCUUGAUGUUAGUCCAUUGCUUGCUUUCGCGGUUCUUGGUACACUUGGAUCGAUUGUUCAUGGCAGCACUGGGUAGAAAUUGGAAGACUUGAGCUAAUGGUUUUGUUGAAACGUUCAAUUGGGAAAUUUCUGCAACUUGUUUCCCAAGAUUAGGGAAAAAUCAGAAUUUGAUGCUGUGUUGGAUGCUCGAUGAGAGUUGUGAGCUUUAUCGUUUUUGUUGUUCUCUUUUUGACUUUGAUUCUGAAUAAUGAGAUUUUGGGUUGUUGUUUAUCUCCUAAUUACAUGUUCAGACUACCGUUUAUUGAUGGAUUAUCUGCGUUCUCUCAACUGUUGACAUUGAUUAAGAACCAGAAAGUUAAGUAUUGUAGAAGAAUAGGCAUGUUGUGUUAUCUGCAUUAUUUUUAGAUUUUCGAUAUCUAGUUUAAUAUGUAGUAGAAUUUAUCAUUUGUAUCUAAUCCAGAUGAUGACAUGUAUGUGAAUCUGGCAUGAGAUUUGAGGUGUUUGGAGAUAAGUUCAGUAUUUGCGUGUAACACCUUGUCCUAGGCCGAGAACAUGG